GGCAUCCGCGGCGGCCGUUGGCCGUUGGCGCGGCUUGGGUGGUUGUCUUGGAGAAGCAAGAUGGCGGCGACUACGGCCGCGGUGGUGGCCGAGGAGGACACGGAGCUGCGGGAUCUGCUGGUGCAGACGCUGGAGAACAGCGGCGUCCUGAACCGCAUCAAGGCUGAACUCAGAGCGGCUGUGUUCUUAGCACUGGAAGAACAAGAAAAAGUAGAGAACAAAACUCCUUUGGUCAAUGAGAGCUUGAAAAAGUUUUUAAAUACAAAAGAUGGUCGUUUAGCGGCUAGUCUCGUCGCAGAAUUUCUUCAGUUUUUUAACCUUGACUUCACCUUGGCUGUUUUCCAUCCUGAAACUAGCACGUUUCAAGGUCUUGAAGGUCGAGAGAACUUAGCCCGAGACUUAGGUAUCAUUGAAGCAGAAGGUACUGUGGGCGGACCCUUGUUAUUAGAAGUGAUUAGACGCUGCCAACAGAAAGAAAGAGGACCUGCCAGUGGGGAAGGGGCACUGGAUCUGUCUGAUGGGCAUCGUCCAUCAAAGUCACCUGAAGGAAAAACAAGUGCAAACUCCUCCCCAAGUAAGAUACCAAGGUAUAAAGGACAAGGUAAGAAGAAGACAAGCGGGCAGAAGUCUGGUGACAAGAAGUCCAGCAAUGAGACCAGUCAGAGUGAGCCAAGCGUCUCCUUGUCGGAGCCUAGGAGUAAAAGCAGCCUGCACUCACUAGCCCACGAGACAAGAAUUGCGUCCUUCUUAAACAGCACUGGAGAUGCCAAAGACAAAAGUGGUCUUUGUCCAGACGAAGAUGAUGUGGAAGAAGAUUCUUUCUUUGAUGAUCCCAUUCCUAAACCAGAAAAAACUUAUGGUUGGAGAAGUGAACCUAGGAAGCAAGUGGGAAGUCUGGCCUCACUGUCUGACAAACCCCCCUUAAGGAGCGGUCUCAGCUCCCUGGCAGGAGCCCCGUCCUUAACAGACAAUGAGAAUAAAAGGGGAAGCGCGGUCCUGAAGGAUCUGAAGUUGGUUGGUGAGAAAAUCGGAUCACUUGGGCUUGGGACUGGAGAAGAUGAAGACUAUGUUGAUGAUUUUAAUAGUGCUAGCCAUCGCUCAGAGAAAAGUGAGCUAAGCAUUGGUGAAGAGAUUGAGGAAGACCUUUCUGUGGGAGUAGACGAUGUCAACACCAGCGAUAAACUCGAUGACCUCACACAAGACCUGACUGUUUCCCAGCUCAGUGAUGUUGCUGAUUACCUGGAAGAUGUGGCGUAGACAGGAAGGAGGCGAAGC